CUUCAACGAAAAACACUUCAACCUACCACUUUGCGCAAUUCUUCAUAGGGCGAGCCACCGCAAGGAACCCUGUGUUAUCAAAAUGUCUGGACAAGAUCAAAACGCUGCUUGGCCUUUGGCCGACCAUACCCUUACGCAGGAGAUUCUCGACCUCGUGCAACAGGCUGGUCAUGCCCGCCAGCUCAAGAAGGGAGCCAACGAAGUUACCAAGACGUUGAACAGAGGUGUUGCCGAAAUUAUUGUCCUUGCUGCAGAUACCACUCCUCUUGCGAUCCUUCUCCACCUACCGCUACUUUGCGAAGAUAAGAAUGUGAUCUACUGCUACGUACCUAGCAAGAUCGCACUCGGCAGAGCUUGCGGUGUAUCCCGAGCUGUCAUCGCUGCCUCGAUCACAACCAACGAGGCCAGCGACCUAUCAGGCCAGAUUCGCAGUCUGAGAGACAAGAUCGAACGUCUCAUGAUUUAAAGAUACCCCAGAGUUAGGAAAGGAAUUCAGGGCCCUACAAUUAGGAACAUGUAUUAGGCUACAAGUCCUAGACAGAUAGCCUAGAAAUGAUUAUAUGCAGAUACAGAUACUAUACUCUGUAUUAGAUCAGAUAGCUUAAUAUAAGAUAUAAACUUUUA